GCUUUCUCUGCUGAUAUAUAUUCAUUUUCUGAUGUAAUUCAAGUUCUUGCUUGAUUUAAAGGAGUCUUCAAAGCCAAAUUCAGGGACAAAAAGCCUACCAUUUUUUAGGCAGAUUUGAGAGUUCAAGUUUGUGAAGACACUCAUGUUGGUUUCGUCAACCUAGAAUUUAAACUGAGCUCAAGGAAAAGAUCAGGUUCUUAGGCUGUUAACAUUCAACAAAAGCUCUGGGAGCACAUUUUUAGGUUCUGCAGAUUCAACAGAAGACGUUCUUACUUUCUGCAGGUACAAAACAUGGGCUCCAUAAGAAGCUCAAAAAUGGCUACAACUUUAAUUCUCAUGGUAAUGAUUAUCGCUCCAAACGUCAAACAACUUGCAGGACUCACAGUCUCAUCAGAUAAUUUUGAGUCAGGAAGGCAGUUAAAGCAAACCAAAAAUGCUUCAGAACAAGUAAAACAAUCAGAUGACACCGUGCGAGCCGAUCCCCUAGACCAUUUGAGGAAAUAUAGGGGAGGAUAUGACAUUACCAACAUGCAUUAUUGGAGUUCCACCGCUUUCACAGGCAUAUAUGGAUAUGCCAUUGCAGCUAUAUGGGCAAUUUGUGGGCUGAUAUAUGGAGCAUAUUCGCUAGUGACCUCCUUUUGUUGGAAAACGAACAGAGAAGAAAAAUUCAAGAAGACAUCAUCUUGCCGAAAGAAGUGUUAUCCAUGGUCUAGGGUUUUAGUAGUUCUUUUCACCAUCUUGGCAAUAAUUGGGUGCGGACUUUUUUUGGGAGGAAAUGCAAAAUUUCACUCGAGAGCCACAACGGUGGUAGAUAUUCUUAUUGAUACGGCAGACCACGCAUCUGAUACCAUAUAUAACACAACUGAAGCAAUGAAAGACCUGAGCGCUAACUUGGCAGCAGAUGCUGAAAGUGGAGAUGCCACUAGGUUCCUGAAAUCUACAGCCCAAAGUCUUGAUACUGAGGCUGAUGAUAUACAUAGACAAGCAAGGAAGCAUAGGAGGGCAAUCUACAACGGCCUCAAGAUAGUGUACAUAAUAACUACAGUUACAAUUUCAUUGAACUUGGUUGCAGCAAUCGCUUUAUCAGUUUCUGGAGUCCUAAAAUUACGAAGAAUUCUUCGCCUGAUGGUUAUACUAUGUUGGAUCCUCACAGUCUUGUGCUGGUUAUUUUCCGGAAUCUACUUUUUCAUAGAAAAUUUUGCAGAUGACACAUGCACAGCCCUUGAAGGAUUCCGACAAGAUCCGUACAACAACAGCUUGAGUUCAAUUCUACCUUGCGAUGAACUUUCGUCAGCCAAAUCAGUUCUUCGUCAUGUCAGUGCAGAGGUAUACAACGUGGUUCACGAGGUAAACAGCAACAUUUCUACCAGAUAUGGAAACAUAUUUCAAAUCUGCAAUCCUUUCUCAGGACCACCACAUUAUCACUACCAGCCACAAGAUUGUCCAGCCAACGCAUAUAAAAUAGGGGAUAUUCCACAGCUAUUGAAGCAGGUGACAUGUCCUGAUUCUGAGCAAGGUUGCACGGGAGGAAUUGUAAUUCCCACCAAGUACUACAAUAGAUUGGAGAUAUACACAACUUCAAUACAGAGGUUACUGAAUGAAUAUCCUGAUAUGGAAAGCCUGGUUGAGUGUCAGACAGUAACAACCGCCUUUUCAGAAAUCCUAAACACACACUGUAAACCCCUAAAACGAUACACAAGGAUGGUCUGGGCAGCAAUGGUAUUCUUGUCAACGGUAAUGGUGGCUUUAAUUCUAUUAUGGACAACUGAAGCACACUAUGAGCAGUACCAGCAUUCUUCAGAUGGUUCUAUGAAACCCUUUUCAACAUCAGCAGACAAGCUGGAAUCAGGAACAGCUGAGGCACCUAAUAAUGGCUCAAUACCUAGUUCAGUUCUUUAAGUAACAACCAACCUCCACAACAACACCGACAGUAGAAACAUGAAUCACAGGGGUGCUAUCAAGUUGAAGAGUUAAAUUUAAAAUUAUAGCUAGAUAUAUACAAACCAGCAAAUUUUGAAAAAAUCAACUAGAUAGCUUAGGAAAACAUGAUACAAUUCAACACAUUUAUUCUCCACAAGAAUAGUUCUAUAGAAUCAACCCUAUAUUCAUAGAAUGCCAUCAAUGGGGACAAACCCCUCAGUUAUUCAUUUAUAAUUCUUUUCAUAAGAAAUGUGUACAGCUUAAAAAGAUACUCAUUCUACAGAUACUCUGUAUAUAGUCUUAAACACUGGUUACUGUGAAUUGAGGCAACAAAGACAUUUAUUCUACAGGGAAUGAAAAACUAAGUUUCCAUCCGCAUUAUUUGACUUUAAUUUGGACAGAUUUCCAAAGAAAUAUGUAUACUACAUUGUUAAAUGACAAGAAAAUUGAAAUAGGAUUCUAAUAUACUAACUGGAGUUAGAAUGGCAAGCAGCUUAUGAAGUGAGUAGUUUAUUAUGAAUUCCAAAUCUGUCAAAUAGUAUUCCCUAUCCCUAUGGAUCUGAUGAAAAGUAGUGCUCGCAACUUACACAUUCUACGAAACAUAGGUGUGUUCAAUGCAACUAUUUCAAAAAAAAUUGUGUCGAAAUCCUACGAUGCAGAUGGAUUCCAAAAGAAAUUCAUUAAGCUCAAAACCAAGUGACACACAUAUUGCAUCGACAAUAUAAGAAACUCAAAUGGACGUAGGGAUACAUUAUAGAAGAUAGAUUUAAAUUAGCAGGCCACAUCCUAAAUUACAUGAGGAAAUUUUUAGUGCAUUUACAGCUAUAAAAAUCCAGAAGUCAAAAGAAAAACCAAACAACAUCGUUUCCACUUAGAAACUUUCAUUUGCUAAAUCAAUUAAAAGCCCCGAUUAGCAAACAAAAUCUCUGAAUUCAAAGAAAAGCAAAUUAUAACACUUAAUACAACAUAUACACAGAGACAGCGAAAGUGGGGGGAGAGGCGAGGGAGAGAGAGCCUUUUGAUAUAUUAAUAUUAUAGUCAAAUAUGCCCCUAUCUUUCAUUGUUAGAUCAAAAUCAUAUUAUUCAGGGGAAAGAAAGUAAAUGUAAUCAUCUUCGAUAUCAAAAUCUAUAAAUUUAAUGAUUACUCAAAAUAGUACUA